GAAGAGGUCACUACCACUGCGAAACAAAAAUGGAAUGGCGCCUCAACGAUUAGUGGGCGUGGUUGACCUAGAGAGUUGUAUGUCCUAGACGGUGGCGCCGCUGUAGAGUCGCACUACGCUAAGUAACAUGUUCGCGAAUAUGGCGUUACUCUGAUCAAGUGGGUUUCGGUGUAAGAACAAUGGACCGAUAGCGCUCUGCCGAAGAAUUGAACAACAUUCUGAAAGGUCAUAAAAGAACCAAAAUGAAUAAGAUGGGAACGGCCUACCAUCAUCACAAUAUGUGUAAUGAUUCUCUGUUCUCCUUUGGUGCAAUAGCCGAUGUUCAGUGCGGCGACCUGGAUGACCGUGAUAUUCCAACACUUCCAAAGCGGUACUAUCGUGGUGCGCUUUCGAAUCUCGGAGACGCUGUCAAUUUCUGGAACGAAAGAAGCCAGCGUCCAUCCUUUGUUCUUCAGCUUGGGGAUGUGUUGGAUGGCUUCAAUGUGGCACGUGGUGGGAAAGAUCAGUCGAGACAAGUCCUUGGUAACGUCCUCAAGGAAUGUUCGGGGUUCAAGGGCGAGUUCCACCACGCAUGGGGCAACCAUGAAUUCUAUAACUUCACGAGACUAGAGCUUCUGAACUCCCCUCUCUUCUCGGGAAAGAAGUACCUCAAACAGUGCCAUCCACGUGCUUAUAAGCGAUUCCUUUGUCAAGAAACCCACUUGAAUUUGUUAGGUUCUGACUCCUGCCAACGUAUUUUGCAAGAUGGGACUGUGAAAAAUUUGGUCAGUCCCCAUGGAAUCAACGAUGAGACCACACCAGCAUAUUAUGACUUCAGUCCUUUCAAAGGUUUUAGGUUUGUUCUUCUAGACACAUUUGAGAUAUCCACACUCGGAUACUCCAAUGUAGACUGUCCAGAAAGGGAAGCGGCUCACAAGAUAUUAAAGGUACACAACAAAAACAAGUUCUUAAAUGACUUUUCAGGAUUAGAAGGAAAAGACCGAAGAUUUUGCAGUUACAAUGGCGGUAUCAGCAACAGGCAGUUACAAUGGCUAAAGGACGUUCUCUGCAGAGCUUGCAACCACCAAGAGAAAGUGAUUGUGUUUGGCCAUGUACCUAUCUAUCCAGAAGUAAGCUUGGAUGAUUGCCUAGUGUGGAACUACCAAGAUGUACUCUCCAUCCUUCAGUCCAACCAGUGUGUCAUCGCGACAUUGUUCGGUCACACUCAUCAGUAUAGACACCUCACUGAUGAAACGGGUAUCCAUCAUUUUGUUUUACCAGGAGUCGUAGAAUGCCAGCCAGGAUCAAACGGUUUCUUGACCUUUGACAUGUCUGCUGAGGGUAUGGUUGUGCACAGAGCUGGUGAAACAUUGCCUUUGACUUUGGAAUACAGAAAGGUGAAUAUAACUAUGGAUUCAUUAAAUAACAUCUGAUGAAACGUGUUUUCACCAUUUCGUUCUGUCAGGAGUAGUAGAAUGCCAGCCAGGAUCAAACGGUUUCUUGACCUUUGACAUGUCUGCUGAGGGUAUGGUUGUGCACAGAGCUGGUGAGACAUUGCCUUUGACUUUGGAAUACAGAAAGAUGAAUAUAACCAUGGAUUCAUUAAAUUAACAUCUGAUGAAACGUGUUUUCACCAUUUCGUUCUGUCAGGAAAGUAGAAUGCCAGCCAGGAUCAAACGGUUUCUUGACCUUGGCAUGACUGUUGAGGUUAUGGUUGAGCACAGAGCUGGUGAAACAUUGCCUUUGACUUUAAAAUAAAGGAAGGUGGCCAUGGAUCCAUGAUACAAGCGAUGAAAUUGCAUUGAUUUAAUCAUCUGCUGUGCGACCAUGCAGGAGAGCCUUUGGUGAAACAUAUACUGUCUUGUUACAAGCUAUUGAAAUCCUUGCAUCUCGUUGGCUCAGAGCAAAUUCGUCAGUGAUAAUCACUGACAAGACGAAUCAUGAAACACUUCCCAGGAUCACGAUGUUCAAAAUUUUCAUGCACGCUGUCUAAGCCUGUCGCUCGAACAACUAUUGUUUAAAGUUUUAAACAAGUUGUUUAACUUAACAGCUUCAAGAUUUAAACAACUUGUUUAACUUUUUUUACAACUUAAAAUUUUGAAUCAGUUUUACUUGGAACCUUUUGUUUGACUUAAAGCAAAUUGAUUAGAUGUUUAAACAAUGGGCUAAAGAUUUCAAACAGAGUUUUUACAGUGGUAUAGACUAGCUGUGCAAGUAAAGUACUUAUAGUCACAAUUACAUUACAUUGCCAGAGAAUGGGGGAAUGAUCUUGGCCCUUUAAGGUGGUGUGUUCCUUACUACGGUGCAACGAAGAAUUCAUGUUUGAGAUCAGGUUUAUUUCCAAGCUUGUGAAACAAACCGGAAGAGCAUUAUCUCACCGACUCCAGCUAGGCUACAACAUAAGACACCUUCAGGGACCAUUUAACUCUUCAAGUUUAAUUCAAGUCAGACUUCAGAAGAUUCGCAGGGUAAAUUUUGGCAUGCAAGGUAUUGGACUUAUUAAAAUAUUUGUCAAAGUUUCUUACCACAUGAGAAUCAAUCUUCACUGGUAUAAAGGACUGGUCAGUCCGACGAACAUUGUCAAAAUCAACCAACUUAUUGGUAGAAGCUCUUGGUUCACAUUGACCAUUUUUAUCGGUCGGAUUCAUACUCGCCAACAGAUUAUUUACUUUGACCAAUACAUGUCAAGAUUGUUUGGUUAUUUUACAAACUCACUAAAUUUUGUUUUGAUUUACAUUAUUUUACAGCAUGUCGUUGACAGGCAAAACAACAACUAUUGUGAGAUUAUGUCCGUAAUUUUCCGUACAAUGUCUCCUGUCUCCUGACCAAUUAUGUGAGUUGAUAUUCUGUCGCCAUGUCUUGAUAGAAAAUAACCAUUUUAAAAAAUUAUCAUCAUCUUCAGUAACCAAAUUAAUGCAUGAUAAACUGAUUGAAAUAUGUAGUUAGUCCUACUGGUCACGAUACUCUGAUCGAUUAAAGUACCAACAUUUUUUUAUUUUUAUUUUUUUUACAAUUUGGAUAUGAAUAUGAAUAAGAGGAGGGGUUUGAUAUGAUUUGCAUUCACAUUAAAUCAAUUUUAGCAACAUUUUCUUUUCAAAUAUAGGAUAAUUGAAAACUGUACUUGAUCAUAUUUUGUACUAAUUUACUCUAUUCUCUAUUAGGUUUUAACUAAAUCCAGUGUGAAUAUGAUUAUGAUCCAUAAAGUAACAUCAAUUUCAUUAUUUCUAAUUCUUUUAAUUAAAAUGUAAAUAUUUCUCUUUUUUCCAUGCGAUUAACUGUUUGGAAAUGUAUUUUUUGUAUCUUAAAUUCAUCUGAAGGUUCGUGAUGGGUUUAACGAACAUCUGCUCUUCUUUAUUUUGGGGACUAUAAAUGACUUUUUUGAAUUUCUUGGAAAUAUAUCUUUGUCCAUAUUUAUUAUGUGCAUUUUUUAUCGUAAAUUUUCCAAGUAAUUUCAUAGAAUGUAUAAAACCAUUUUCGGUAUUAACAAGUAAAUACACCUUUUUAAAAAUUAUAUCUUAUAACCUUUUAAAAGUGAUAGUUUUAAUUUUUUAUGAGUCGGGUAUGACUUCGGGAUAUUGAUAAGAUUAAUUGUCUACAGAAUGAAAUAUAUGUAAAGUGGGCACGUGCUACAUUAUUAGAAAUGCUAUAAAUGUUGAACUUUCAUACAAUGUCUUUGAGCAAAAGUGUGCUUUUCUUAGUCUUUACUCGCUCAAGUCCAAACGAAUAUAUCAUCUACACUUCAAAAUUAUAAAGGAUCACCAGCCAGUGUGGAGCCAAGUCUACACCCUUAAGUGUAAAGAAUAUACACCAUCAAAAUAUGAAUACACUGCGCCAAUUAGUCUCGAUAUAGCAUGCAGAAUCGCACCUAUGAGUUAUGGACUAUCACCAUAAAUCUAACACUCGUGCAAAGUGCUUGAUAAGCAUGUUUUUCUCUAUAUUUACACCGACUGGUCUAAGAUUUAACACCAUUGGUUUUUGCAGUGUGAUGACUGUGUAAAGUAAUACAAAAAUGACCCUCCAUUCUAUUCGAAAUAACAUUCAGAUUUAUUUUCAAGGUAUAAACUACUCUGGAAUGCAAUGCAAUAGGCCUACUUUUUAAAAGAGUUUUAUUUGAUAUGAAACAAAAAGAGACAUAGCAUUUUUUAAUAACCGAUAUUUCGAGUAUAUUUGAUAUCUUAUAAAAGGUUGUGAAUUAUAUAGCAGGACAGGAUAUGAAUUAGACUAUAUAUAUUAAAAAAAUGUUUGUCUAUAUAAUCCAUAUAUAGACAAACAUUUUUUUUCUCAUUUUUUAUAUACUGUACAACUAUUCCUUUUGUUAUUUUGCAAACCCUACAAAUUUACAAAAAUGAACCGAAAAGGAGUUUGAAAACAAUAAGCCCUAUUGGUCUUUUUAAUUCUGAUGAGAUUUUUUGUUUUACAUAAAAAAUAAUCUUGUUCAUUUUGAAACUCAGAAUCAUGAAUGACUUUUAACAUUACAUUACAUUGUAGGUCUGAAUUGCAA